CCCAUGCGCGCGCCCGCGCCGUUUCGAGGCGAGGCCGGAAGUGACGCGCUCCCAGCAGCUUCCUGUAUGCUGAGGCGUUUAUGGUCGGGCGCUGGGUGGUGGCCGCCGCACUGAUUUAUCUCCCGAGCCGUCCUGGUGCAGCGGGAGCCGCUCUGUCCGCCUGAGGCCGCCGCUCACACCGCCUCCAUCCCCCGGGACACCGCGCUCGCAGCCCCCGCCCUAUCAGGCUCUCCUCGGCUUUCCCGCCCGGGACACCGGCCGCUUCGACGCCAGCCAUGCAGGCCAUCAAAUGUGUGGUGGUUGGGGACGGGUAAGGCGCACUGUCUGAUUAAUAUCCCCCCCUGACUGUAACCCGCGCCGUAACGUAGACAUUCCCUGCCAGCUGCUCCAGAACUACAACUCCCAUCAUGCAUUGUUAGACUUGGCUGGCAAAGCAUCAUGGGAGUUGUAAUCCCACAACCUGACCAACUGGGGGGUUGUAAUUCCCCCUCUGGGUGCUCCCCUUGGAGCUCUGAUAAUUGGGGUCCAGCAGCCCCCUCCCCCAGAUUAUCCCACCCAUCCUCUCCCAUGGGGGGAGUCAGGGCCUGGCCCCAGCCUUGGUUCUCCCUGUAGCCCCCCAGAUUAUCCCACCCAUCCUCUCCCAUGGUGGGAGUCAGGGCCUGGCCCCAGCCUUGGUUCUCCCUGUAGCCCCCCAGAUUAUCCCACCCAUCCUCUCCCAUGGUGGGAGUCAGGGCCUGGCCCCAGCCUUGGUUCUCCCUGUAGCCCCCCAGAUUAUCCCACCCAUCCUCUCCCAUGGUGGGAGUCAGGGCCUGGCCCCAGCCUUGCUUCUCCCUGUAGCCCCCCAGAUUAUCCCACCCAUCCUCUCCCAUGGUGGGAGUCAGGGUCUGGCCCCAGCCUUGCUUCUCCCUGUAGCCCCCCAGAUUAUCCCACCCAUCCUCUCCCAUGGUGGGAGUCAGGGCCUGGCCCCAGCCUUGGUUCUCCCUGUAGCCCCCCAGAUUAUCCCACCCAUCCUCUCCCAUGGUGGGAGUCAGGGCCUGGCCCCAGCCUUGGUUCUCCCUGUAGCCCCCCAGAUUCAGAUUUUGGGUGUUGAUGGUUGGGGUGAGGUUUUAUUUGGGGAAUGAUUUAUCCCUGUGGCCUGGAAUCUGGGCAGUAACCUGCAGUGAGAGCAUAAUCCAGCAGGGAUUGGGUGGGGAAGCAGGAUUGAUUUGACCCACAUUUUCAGUAAUACAGGGGUGUGUGUAGUGCUGGGAGAGAAAAGAAAAAUACAUAGCUCACAGUUUAUCCACGGAGAGGAAAUAAGACUUUCUGGAUGUAUUCAGAUGCUUUAUGCAGUGUGUGGGGUCAUUGGGUUUAUUCACUAAACUGGAGAUUAUGGGGUGUUUACUAAAAUAUGAAUAUUUGGAACCUGGAUGUGUAUUUCUAGUUUUAGGUCAAAAUAGCCAAACUGAAACCGUUUAAUGAUUUCUUUCUCAUACUAAACUGUUUUGGCCUUGGAUUUUAAAAUUCACUUUGGAUACUGGAUGGAGCACACUGAAUAACUCCUUUAUGAAAUUGUAACAGCUCAAAACAGGCAUAAUGAUCUACUCAGGUACAUUUGGGAAUGUGAUAUAUUCACAUUAAAGCUUGUGUCAAUUACUCUGUGUAAAUUAGGGAUGUCCAACCAUAGGCCCUCCAGCUCAUGGUGGACCACAUUUUCAGCUGGUGGGAGUGGGCUGGGCGAGAAUCAUGGUAAAUGUAAUCCAUCACUGCUUAGUGUGAAACCAUCAGUUUCCUCAUGUGUCUGGAUUAAUUAUGUGAUGACACCUGUGAAUGUGUGUGUGUGUAUGUAUGUAUGUAUAUAUAUAUAUACACACACACAUAUACAUUUAGCAUUAAACAUGAGGUUGCUAUUGUUUUUGUUAUGACAGUUUUUCUUUAUCCAUUUCAAAAACUUCCUUUGGAUAAUAUCUUGACUAUUUCUCCUCUGCGUGUUCUAACAUACAUGUUCUCUUUUAUACUGGAAUGUAUUAAGUAAACCUACAUAAUUUAUCCAAUGAUCACUAACCUAUUGUGUAAGUGUUACAGUUUAUGUGGGUGGAUGUGGACACUAUAUUUGGCAGAGUUUAAUCUGUCACUUGUUCCAGUGAAAACUCCCUUAGAUCAGAAUCUUUAUCACUUCUCCAGGCAGUUUAUAUGGAAAAUAACAGUUCACACCUCCAGGGCAUCUUUUAUAUGUGGCUCUCUAGGCCACACUUAACAAUUUAAAUCCUGUUUUGUUGCACAUGUUGUAAUUCCACAUUUUUUUUAUUUUUUUUUAUUUUAAGGAGCCUGUAGGCAAGUGAAAGGACAGUUUGCUUGUAUUGAAUUGUCACACUUCUCUUACGAUGACAAUGCAAAGUUAAUUUGCAUUGGUUGGUUGAGGCGCGCUCUACUGUGCAGAAUUGUAAUUUGAGCUACUUGUUGGCAGUUUAAACAAAACAUUUGGUUGUGCCAAUGUAAAGUAUACAGUAUGUUACAAAUUUACAGUUCAAUGUGAUCUUCGGUUUGUGGCUUAUGUUAACUCCGUGUACUCUGGGCUUACGAGGCAGCGUCUUGCAUUAAGCUGUUGGAGAUUUGAUACUAGGUUGUGUAUCUGUAAACAACAUAUCUAGAGGCAUUUCAAGCUUCUAGCAAACCGUGAUGAAAGCCACGUUGAAUUCUUGGCAAUGAGAAGACAUCCUGCACCCCUCAAUUACUUGCACUACUGUUCUAUGUAAUCCUGUUGUAUUUGGGGUUUGCACCUUUUGGUUUAAGAGAUUCACUGCACAAUACAAAAACGUUUAAAUCAUUCAUGACAAUGAACUAUGAAAACGGCAUCCAGUGCUAUUUUGCAGCUUUAAAUUCUAUAAGUGCGAUAACCUGUUAUAACAAAUUACUUUUGUGAUUGUAAGCUCUUUCUAGCAGGGCCAUUUCACAUCUAAUAUUCCCUUUUUGUAAUUGCAAAGCUUGGCGAAUAUGUUGGCACUAGAUAAAUGAUAAAGUAAAAGGUUGAGCAGAGGAUGGGAGUGUGCACGCUGAGCGCACCAUAACCACUGUAGCUCAUGUAGUGGUAUUUGUUUGCAUCUAAUAAGGAUAGGUGUAAUUGUUACUGUUUACACUUUUAAGAAUAAUUCUAUUAUGUGUAAUGUUCCAAAUUUUGUUCAGCAUUGUCCAUUUUCUGCAAUUCUUGAAUCAAACAGCGGUCAUCUACAUUUACAAGAAAUUUACUUUUAUUAGGUGGUUAUAAUCAUAUAUAGACAAUUCAUGGAGACUGUUUGCAAAUCAUUGGGUCCUAAUUUUAAGAGCACUAGAUUAUUCAUGCCUAACAAGUUUUCAUGUUGCAUUCAGUGCAGGUUUUGCAGGAUACACAACAUAGAAAAUGGAUACUUUAUUGCACUUAUACAAUAUUGAUCAGAAGAACUAUAACAAGUUUUAUUUCUUUGAGUAAUUUUCUUAGAACAUUGGUUGAAUCACUACUGUAAUUCCAGUUUUCUCCUUGGCUCAUUGCAAUUUGAUGUAUUAUGUCAUAUUCAGGAUUCUCCUCCACCUUCCUGUUCAUGCCCUGUAAGACACACCCCAAAAGGCCUAGUCAAAAAAUGGAAAUUCUUGCAUUUCAUGAUAAUUUUUGGUGGUAAAUAAACUGCCUCUGACUCAUGCAAACCGUGCAUCAAAACCCGAUGGCCUAUCAUUCAUCCGUUACUCUGAAUGCAAUCAGUGUUUGCUGCAUGAUUUGCCUUGAUUGUCCUAUAGCUGCUAAUUCUGACUUUUGUUGCCAAGGAUUUUAGCUGGCAAGCAUCAUUCCGGCUCUGGGAGCAGUUUGUCUACAAUAAAUGCUGUUUUUAUUCACGUAUAACGCACUUUUAUAUUGCUGUUUGUAUGGGAGCGUUGACCAUCAAUUGUGGUGUUUUCCAGCCAAGGAUUCAGUGGAUAUCAACAUUACACUGUUAAUGGAAACUUGCAUGUAUGCAACCGUGUUCUAUUUUGUUUGCACUGCUAUCAACAUAUUUGUACACGUAAUUUACCAAAUUAUGGUGAAUAAGUCGACUUCAUGUGCAGUUUCGCUUGACAUCAGCUGGCAGUACAGUAUAGAUCUGCUAACAUCACUAUUUCCUUAUGUGAGUAGACAUGCAAGUUUAUGUAUUGAUACCGACACACAUUCACAAUUUUUUAAAUUUUAUUUAUGGCUACCCAGCUAAUGACAGCUAUUUGUGUUGCUAGCUUUUAUUAGCAUUGGCAAAUGUCUGUCUACAAAUUUGCUCCAGCUGGUUGGGGAAAUUUGUUGGACUGAAUUUGCGGACCGACAGCUACCAGUUCUUUCUAAACAUGCUGUUGAUUAUGUAGUUCAUGUGCAAUCAGACAAGAUGAAAUCCAGUCUACACUAUCUGUAACUAAUAUGCAGUAUUGGUAAAUGGUAGGGAUGCACUGAAAUUUUCAGCUUUAAAAAGGGUCAAAGCUGACCCUCCUACCUCCAUAUCCCCCUCCCAUAGUCCUCUCUGCCUUGCUCUAUGCCAAUACUCCACCCCAAACCUCUCAAAGUCCAUGUUCCCUUGUCUGUGCCAUCUUCCUAGUCUCCUUGUUUCCUGGAUCUUACUUUCUGGCCCUGAGCCUCACUCAAACCUGCUCUUGGAUUCCCUGAGCCCCAGUGGCCGUAAUUCUGCCUAAAGUACCUGGCUGUCCAUGUCUCUCUUCUCUGACCGUCUUUCCUUCUUCCUUGGCUUAUCGAUCCGACGAUAGACUUCCUGCUCGGCGAGAAAAAGAAAGUCACAAAUCCAGGAAGGCCUCACCCCUAACCUAGGCCUGAACAACCCCUUUUGCUGCUUGCAAUGGACCGUUCCACCUGUCAGAUCUAUAGCUGGAAGGUUGCACUCCGGAUCUGACCAAUCAGAGGGCGCUAGGGGGAUAGUGAUUCAUGACAGGAAGAAACUGGAGAAAAAGAACAUGAGUGGUGGGUGGGGCUAGUGACAUUAUAGAAGGUGGGUUUGGUAUAUAGUUAACUAUAUACCAAACCCACCUUCUGUAUUAAUUGCAUGUGGCAUAAAGGGUUACCCACAUUAGUGUUUAGAGCUGCUAUACACAGAUUUCACCACAAAUUCUUUUUAUGUAACACACACUCUACCAAGAGGAGAGUUUUGUUCGUGUGACAUUAUAAUUCACUAUUAUUGAUACCUUAGAGAGGGUUCAGAGAAGGGCUACUAAACUGGUUCAUGGAUUGCGGGAUAAAACUUACCAGGAAAGGUUAAAGGAUCUUAACAUGUAUAGCUUGGAGGAAAGACGAGACAGGGGGGAUAUGAUAGAAACAUUUAAAUAUAUAAAGGGAAUCAACACAGUAAAGGAGGAGACUAUAUUUAAAAGAAGAAAAACUACCACAACAAGAGGACAUAGUCUUAAAUUAGAGGGACAAAGGUUUAAAAAUAAUAUCAGGAAGUAUUACUUUACUGAGAGGGUAGUGGAUGCAUGGAAUAGCCUUCCAGCUGAAGUGGUAGAGGUUAACACAGUAAAGGAGUUUAAGCAUGCGUGGGAUAGGCAUAAGGCUAUCCUAACUAUAAGAUAAGGCCAGGGACUAAUAAAAGUAUUUAGAAAAUUGGGCAGACUAGAUGGGCCGAAUGGUUCUUAUCUGCCGUCACAUUCUAUGUUUCUAAUAGGUGGCUGUCUUCCGGUUUCCGUGGCAAUGGAAGGUUCAUUCCCCGCAUUCCCUUACUUAAAUCACGGCCCUAUACACUCUUAAAGGGACAGACUGAAAUUUCAGGUCUAUUGUUUUGCCUCAUCUGCAAUUUUAAAGGGGCUUAUUCAUUAAACAUAGAAUUGUAGUGUAUUUAAAAACAAAUUGUAAUAUUUAAUUUGAACAGGAUAGAUUUCCAACUCCACUCUAGUCACAUCUUGGCUAAUUUAGCAAAUCUGGUUUUCAGUUUUUCAGGUUGCCAUUUAGUGAAUGAGAGCCAAAAUGGUUUAUAUUUGGUGCACUAAAUUUUAUUAAUGGGAAAGUAUGCACCAUAACCACUACAGGUAUGUGUUCAAAUGGCACUGUCCAUUACUAACUGUUUGACAGGUUACCUGCGGUUGAUGCCCAGGGGCUCCUGGCUUCCUUACAACUGCAGCAUACUAUUUAUGGUGCCUAGAGUCUCCACUAAAGCAACACUCUACCAUAACCACUACAUAACGCUGUAAUGGUUAUGCUGCUAGAUCAGUCCUUAUGCCAACCCGUUGUAAUCAGGGAAAAGAUUUUUCAGUACUUCUGACUCCUAACCACCGACUAUGGGCCUUGGCCAAGAUAUAGAUUUGGGUUGGGGGGGACUUAUGAGGGACAAUUGGGGGCUUUUUUCUCCUGGUAUGGGUUUGCCACGUUCCCCAAUUAAAAGUGUAAACAUUCAAUUUCCAUAUGUGCAGUUAUAGGAAAAAAUAUUUUAAAAUCAUUUAGGGGAAAAAGUCAGUUUCGGUUUUCAAGGGCAUCCUGAAUUUUCUUUUCGGUACUUCCCUAGUAAAUGGUAUUGGUAGCAAUAGGAUCUUGUUGUCCAGAUUGUCCUGGAUUAUUUUUACUAAUAUGGAGUGGGGAACAUUUGGACACUAGUUAACAAUACUGAAGGACUUGUACAGCUUAAUUUUUACACUUUUAUUGCAUUAUUCUUUAUCAUUGCUCAUGUAUUGGUAAUUUAUAGCAAGGCACCUCAAAUUCCAGCCUCCCACAUUUUGAACUAAAUUUUCCAAGAAUCUCUGGCAAUAUAUGGCAGUCAAAUAAUUCUUGUAGUUAUAAUACUGCUACAUUGGGGGUGCAGUGUUUGGGUUCCAGAUUCUGCACCUUUUGUGUGUAAUUGGAGGAGAGAAAAGGCAUUUCAAAAUAAGCUUGUGUCUUUUUUAUUUUAAUUUUAUUUAUUUUUUAAAAACAUGUUCUGAUGUAAAGCCAGCAUGCCAUUGUUGAAAGUAGAUUUAACCAAACUUUUAUUCCUAAAUCCACGAGUAGCCUGCACUUAAGGACAAACCUUUUGGUGUAUUCUACUGAUGUUUGCCGAGAACUAAUGAUGUAGGUUUUUCUUCUGUGGUGUUGUGUAGACACAAAGCCAAGAAUUAAACUAUGAUUAUAUGCUGAUAUAUGGCACAUCUGUUUCAUGAGUCAGCUAGCGCCACUUAAUGUCUUUCAUAGCCUUGUGUAAUGCUUUCCAUUUUGAUCUAUCCGAUACAAAAAAUGAGGAAUGCUUGUUGGAAAUCAUAGGAGGCUUUAUAGCUUUUGUCGAAAGUUGACUUUUUUUUUUUUUUUACUUGAUCUUCUAUUUCCAAGUUUCUUAACCUUUGGUCAUGUAAAGUACAGUGUCUUUAAUGCCAUGUAAAGGUAAAAUGUACAAUACAAGAACUAUUUCUUGAGACAAUUGUAACUUCCACAACAGCAAUAUGCAUUAGCUCCUGGUGGGCCUUCUGGGUCAAACAACUAAAAUGGGUUGGCACAGAACUAGGGACCAAUGACAGGGACAUGCUGUCACCAUAACUGUUACAGCAGGAUGUAGUAGUUAUUGAGCCCUGAUGUCUUUCCAGGGUAAACUAGUCAAAAGGUGGUCAUAUAGCUGGAAGGCAUACUCUAAUUUUCUAUGGGAAUAUUUUGUACCUACACCACUUGCGGGUUUGUUUUUUUGUUUUUUAGAGCUGAUACCGAUAUUCUGUGAACUUUCAGGCUGAUAGCCGAUAUAAUUUGCCUAUAUUCUGUACAUUUACCAUUUUGGAAAAUAAAAACUAUUUCUAAAGGUAAAGGCACAAAAUAUACAUGCCACGUGUAGUGGAUGCAGUGUGUUUAGACAGGGGAGCUGUGUUUGUGUAGUGGAUACAGCGUGUGUAGUGGAUGCAGUGUGUAUUAGUCUAGUGUGUGUAUAUAAUGAAAGCAGAGUGUUUUGUUUAUAUAAUGCAGAGUGUGUUUGUAUAGUGUGUGUGUGUGUGUAUAUAAUGCAGUGUUUGUGUAGUGUGCAUUAUAUACACACUACACAAACACACUGCAUUAUAUACCAUGGCAACGAUUUGACGGCCGCGGGUCUCGCGAGAGUUACACUGGGUAGCUGGAGGAGCUGCUGGGAGGUGAGUAGACGAUUGCUGCCCGCCCCGCCAAGGACCGCCGGGCUUGUAAUGAGCCUGGCGGUCCUAGGAGGUAUUAUCGGCAAUAUCGGUAUCUGAAUUGGCUAAUACCGAUAUUGUCGAAAAUACAGAAUAUCGGCCGAUAAUCGGUCAAUCCCUAAUUUUUAGGUGGCAUAUGCAAAGUCCCAACCACAGAAACAGAUGUUUAUGGUGGGAAUAUGAACAGUCUUCCUCAACCAGUAUGGAUGGGGGGGUUAACUACAAUCUCUACCGGAUUCCUGUAUCUUGGUAACCUUGGUUUUUAACCUUCCUUUGGCAUCCAUUAUCUUUUCUUGCUGUUAUGUGUAAGUUACAUAGCACUCUUGUUUCUUGUAAUGCACAGCACUAUGUGCUGUAAUUUGCCACUUUAUAAAGUGUUACUUUUUUUUUUUUUUAGAUCUGUGGAUUUAUGGCAAGUGGGCCAAUUAGAUGUCAUGUAUGACUAGAAUAUCAGACUUUGUAAUUUUAUACUAUACGAAUUCCUAUUCUAUUGUUACUACUUUUUCCUCUCUGGUUAAAUACAAGUAAAGAUAAGGAUCUUUUAGUCUUCAGAAUGUGGUUUCUUAAAACGGCUCUCUUACUUGGAGGGUGGGGUUCAAAACUACCUGUUGCUUCUCUGUAUAAGAUGUCACCAUUUGCUGCAUCUUAGUGCAAUGCAUAAUUCUUAUUCUUUCUCAGUAUCUUUUGGAAAACUAAUUUGCGAUGACAGAUAUAGCAGAUGACAGUUGUGAUGGGGUUUAGAAAUUGGGUGAUCAAUCUUUUGUUGCUCUUUAAGGACCAGUUAAGGCACUAUAACAACUUCAUCUAAGUAGAGUUAUGGUGCCAGAAGAUCCCUGGCACUGGCUCACCUUUAGGGGUUAAACCGUUCACUAAUGGUUAAACACCAAAGUCUGCGCUCCAGUGCUGGAUCGCACUGCCUUGCCCUUCCGCUUUGCAAAAUUCUACAUUACGGAAAGUUUGGGCAACAGGGGUGCAGCUGAUUGGCUUAGAGUCAGCUGAAGCUGUAAGCCAAUGAAGGGGCAUUUUCAUAAAAAGGGAGGAGUUAGUGAUUGGCUUCGUGUCAGCUGUGUGCAGUGAGGAAAUCAGCAGCUCCCUUGUCUGAUGCUACCCAAGCCGCCUUCUUUUAGGAUUUCAGAAAGCUGAUGGACAGGGCAGAGCGAUCUGGCACUGGAGCGCAGACCUUGAGGCUCAAUCGUUUAUGAAUUGUUUAACAUCUAAAGAUAAGCCAGCGUCGGGGGACCUCCAGGCACCAUACAAGAGUUAAUGGUGCCUAAACUGGCUUUUUAAUUGUGAUCACCCAAUCUGAAGAUCACAUGUCAUGACAAACAUGACCUGCUUUCACUUUACAGAAAAAAUAUAUUAAAUGGGAAGGUUUUUAUAUAUAUAUUUUUUUUUUGACAAAGCAUGUGAGUUGUAGUUAAACUGCUAGGAUCUACUUUUUGGGCACACUUGGCAUAUAGGAUAACUCGUUAAAGUUUAACCUGAACUUGAAACACCUGGAGCAUGAAAAAUACUUUGCAUGACUUAAUAACUAGCCUAGCAUGCAGCGACACAAAGAAGGUGCUUGUACUAGUUUGUAAAGAAUGUACUGUGAAUGUCCCUGGCUUGCAUAACACUGGUCACCUUCAUUAGGUGAAAGCAGUCUCACCAGGAAGGUAAAUAUUAUUUAUAGGGAAUUUCCCCAUGACAUCCUACUUGGAUACAGAAAAAACAUUUUUAAACCUUGUCAUGAGCACUUAUCCGUGUUACUCUUGCUGUUUUUUUUAUUUUUAUUUUAUUUUAUCAUUUUCAAAAUGUGUGUGUGUGUGUGUGUGUGUGUGUGUAUAUAUGUGUGUGUGUGUGUGUGUGUGUGUGUAUAUAUAUAUAUAUAUAUAUAUAUAUAUAUAUAUAUAUAAAAUAUAAUUUUUAUCUUGCUAGUUUUUUCACAUACUGUCUGUAACAAAUCAUAAUGCAGCCAGUAAACAAAUUUAUAUAGUCAAAGAGUAUAUGACAUCUUGAGCAGUUGAUCCCAUCCCAAUUCUCAAGACACACCAAUGGGCCAGGUUUUGUUUGUUUCCUCUUGGGUACAGAAUAGAUACUGUAAUUAUUGGUGUUCCUCCAGGACUGUGUUGGGAAUUAUUGCACUUGAGAGAGGAUUCCUAUUCAUGGAGGCAGGAGGUUACACAACAAGUAUCAGUUCUCUCCUCCUUUUUGCGUUUUGAGAGUAGAUGGGAAUAAGCAUCACAGUAAGUCCAUUUCAGGGCACAUACUGCGGUAAGCCACUAAUAUGACCUGACAUGCUUUUGGUCUGAAAGCUGGAUCUGGUAAAAUAAGACAAUGCGAUGUGUGUUCUGUAUAUACAGAUAAAAUGUAAUCUAUGUAUCGGUCUCUUGUACAUAAGGGUCAUGAUUUGUCAUAAAAUUGCAUAGCUACUAAGGAUGGGCCGAUAUUGCUUUUUUAGGUCUGAUACCGAUAAUCUGUGGCCUUUUCACACUGGUAACUUGUAUCGAUAUUAUGUACACUUACAGGUUUGAAAAAAAAACCCCACAAUUUCUAUACAAAUCUGCCAUUAACUGAUAAAACUUUUUUUUUUUUUUUGUAAGUGGCAAAUGCACAAAAUAUGCAUGCCAGUCAAUUUUUUCUGUGGGUUAAAAGGUAUUUUAUAUUUAAAAAUAUACAUUUUGUUAACAUUAUUAAUUUUUUAUUUUAUUUCCCCCUCCAUACCUUAUUAACUGUGACCAGGGAGGGGAACAUUACGUGCCCUGGUGGUUCAGUGGCUUUGAGGAGCCUGCCAGUGGAUUUUACGCUGAAUUGGGGGCUCCUGGGACCCUCGCUUUCUGGCAGGUCCUUAAACUCUUGCUGAAGAUGGCGUGUGCUGGGCCUCCGUUAUUGGCAAUAUCGGUAUCAUUAUAGACCAAUACUGAUUAUUGCUGAAUGUCUGCCUGACAGAUCAUCGGUCAAUCCCUAAUAACUGUGUAUUAUCCCUCAGGCCAGAAAUCUGCAAUUUAGGCAGUAAGCUUGCUUGUGAGUCAGAUUCCAAAUUGUGCAUGGAGUGCUGUUACAGCAACAGGAAGCAUCCUAACAACGUGUGAUCAUUUUCAGGAAGAAAAGAUCCAUGUUGUGUUUUUGCAUACACUAAAAUUAUAAUCGUAAAAUGUUAGGUUCUCAUUUAGUAAAUGCUUAAAUAACGUGUCUAAUUGGAAAGGAGGAAAAAGGCAAUGUACAGUACCGUUUGAGUAAAUGUCACAGUAAGUUAGUUAUACACAGAUAAGAUUUCUUUCUGGCAAGCACAGCCCAGGUUAUGCAAAUACGGUUUAAUCCUUAACUAAGAAAAUUGCCUGUGUAAGCUUUAAAACUGCAUUGUCACUUCUGAGUAUUUCAUGAAAGUAUAAUAUUUAUGAAGUGGUCAUUGUGAUUGCAUGGGGAUUUCAUUAAAAUUCCUUCAAAAUCAGUAUCUCAUAAGAUAAAUUAGUGGCUACAUUGCCAACACAGCCAAUGUUGACAGCUUAGCUUGUGCAAUCCACUUCUGUCUAGUAGAAGCAGCCUUUGCUAGAAAGUCUUUUAUUGCACAGUUAGUUCUAUGUCGAAUGUUGCUGUGGUCCACAAAAAGAAAACAGGCCUUGCAGCCAAAGCACCAACUCUUAGCUAGGAGUGUCAGAACAUGUACAUGUCACUGCUCCGCAUUGCAUCCAAUUUCUUGAACUGCAAGUGUACGCUUUGCUAACGUGUGUGGUUGGCAGCAAUGAGAAACAGCUAGCCUAUGAAAGUUAGCCGUGAUUGAGAUGGUAACAUGGAACAGAUCAGACAGCUGGGUGACUGCAGUGAACUAUUUGCUGCUAAGGCCUGACAGCCAGGAAGUAUAAAAGUUUAAUAACUAUGUCUCUACUUCUACUAUCUAUGUUCCUGGUUCAAUGCACCAAGUCCCAUUUCUAGCUGACUUUGUCUUAUGAGCCCUAUGUUUGCGAGUACCUCAUGUCAAGGUUUCAGGUCCCAGUAAUCUGUAUUUACUUGAUUCUGAUGAGGCAGUUAGGAGAGGAUUAGAUGUGAGUCGGUGUCAUGCAGGAGAGCUAGGGGGAUUCUUGAAGCCAUCUCUGUCACUUGCAAACAGCUUUUGGGGGAAUGGUCACUACAGUAUACCCCUUUUUAUCAGUGUGUGUGUGUUCAUCUGUUGGGUUUUAGGAAUUCUAGGCAUCAGGCUGGAUGGAAUCCAACCAAGUAAGAAAUCGCCUUGUAAAGUAAUUAAGUAAUUGUCCAGGACUUGUUAUUCAGAUGAUGACAGCGCCCCUGCCAUCUUCUUUUACAAGGAAUCCCUUUUUCUAAUCUGGAUGUACUUGUUUUAAGGUUUUUGUUUUUGCUACAUUUAAACCUAAACAAAAAUCUUAAAUUUAAUCCAGAGCAUUUAUCUCAGUGGGUGUUUGCAUGGUGGCUGCUUUAAGAAAGUGUUGGUAGAAUACUGAUUUAUUUUAUCCUAGUAAAUGUGAUCUCUGUAAAUGGAAUUUAAAGAGACCGUUCUGGGUAGCAUGUUUUCUUCAUGAAAUACAUCGACCCUCUCGGAUUCCCAUUUUGAAUGGUAAUUGCCUGAUUAAACAUUUUGCAGUCUUCCUCUGUAUUUCAUCUAGAGGCUCGUUCCAAUGUCUUUAGCCAGCAGUCACAGCCAUUGUAUGAGCGAAGUGUGAUUUACUGCAGUUUGUAAAUGUCGCGUUUCCGCUGGGGAAAAUAAAUCUUAUUCAUUGUGUGUUUUAACAAUGUAAAAACUGCAGAAAGUAUCUAAAAAUACAGCAGUUUUUGACCAUGAUGGUCAAUUUGACGUAUUCUUUAUAAACAGGAACAUUUUACUCUUAUACUAAAAAUAUACAAAAUAAAGCAAAUGUUUAUAGAAUAGUAGUGUUUAAACUGUGGGUUUAAAGGAUCACUAUAGGGGCAGGAACACAAACAUGUAAUCCUGACCCUAUAGUGUUAAAACCACCAUCUAGCCCCCCUGGGCCCCUCGUGCCUCCAUAAAUCUAGCAAAAUCUUACUGUAUUCAAACCUGAAGCUGUAACUCUGCAUGCUGUGUGACUCAGAAAAACAAGCAGUCUGCUGACAUCAGAAGUGGUAGCCUGAUCCAAUCACAAUGCUUCCCCAUAGGAUUGGCUGAGACUGAGAAGGAGGCAGAUCAGGGGCAGAGCCAGCAUGAUUCAAACACAGCCCUUGCCAAACAGCAUCUCCUCAUAGAGAUGAAUUGAAUCAAUGAAUCUCUGAGGAAAGUUCAGUGUCUGCAUGCAGAGGGAGACGAUACUGAAUGUUUGGAUGCAUUUUAGGCAGCCAUGACCCAUGAAGGAUCUCUAACAGCCAUCUGAGGAGUGGCCAGUUAAGUUAUCACUAGGCUGUAAUGUAAACACUGCAUUUUCUCUGAAAAGACAGGGUUUACAGCAAAAAGCCUGAAAGUAAUGAUUUUAAUCACAAGAACAAAUCAAUAAGCUGUAGUUGUUCUGGUGACUAUAUAGUCUCUUUAAUCUGUAAUAAGCAAGCCUUGUAAACAGUACUGUUGUAUGUAUUUUUACUACACUCUGUUUUUAAUACUGUGAAUAUUUGGAGCAAUUGUGUAGAACAUUGUGUAUAAAGUUUAAUUGUUCCUUUUCUUGUUGCCUCGUUGGUUUAGAUAGUGGUGUUUGAAACUGUUGUAGCUUGGUUUUUAUAUAAAAUUAUAGCAAGUCUGUAUAUUUAAUCUUUUUUGUGCAUUGUCUUGAUGCAGCAUAUGCCUUUACCGUUACAAAACAGGGAAUACAGAGUUUUCUUAUUGUUCAACCCGGUUCUAGUUACUUUUAUAUUUAAAGGACCACUAUAGUGCCCUGAGGGUGCCCCCACCCUCAGGGUCCCCCUCCCGCCGGGCUCUGGGGAGAGGAAAGGGGUAAAACUUGCCUUUCUCCAGCGCCGGGCGGGGAGCUCUCUGCCUCCGAUCCUCCUCCUCUCCUCCCUUUCGGCUGAAUGUGCACGGGCGGCAAGAGCUGCGCGCGCAUUCAGCUGGUCUCAUAGGAAAGCAUUUACAAUGCUUUCCUAUGGACGCUUGCGUGUUCUCACUGUGAUUUUCACAGUGAGAAUCACUCAAGUGCCUCUAGCGGCUGUCAUUGAGACAGCCACUAGAGGAUUUGGAGGCUGGAUUAACCCAUUUAUAAACAUAGCAGUUUUCUCUGAAACUGCUAUGUUUAUUAAAAAAUGGGUUAACCCUAGCUGGACCUGGCACCCAGACCACUUCAUUAAGCUAAAGUGGUCUGGGUGCCUAGAGUGGUCCUUUAAAGGGACUUUCCACUACCCCCAAAAAUAAAACAAAUCAAUGUUUUGUUGAUACACCCCCAAUGUAAACAAUCGUGCAUUUAAUGAUACAUUUUUUUUUUCUUAAUUUGGAGAUAUAUCUUGAAAAUUGCUUGCCGAUGCUUUAGAUAUCUUGUCUGAAGCUUUUGCAAGCCCUUCCUUUCUAAUCCUGCCCAGACUUAAGUAACCUAAAGUUCUUUAGGGGUCUUAACUGUCCCUUUUAAUACAAGUGUUUUGCAGGAAAAAUGCAGACAUCAAACCUUUUCCGUUCUGUUUCUUGAUCAAAACCAAGUCAGGUUGCACAAGGUUUUGCAUUUUAGUUUUAUUUCGUAGGCAUAUUGCCUUGCUUUAUUUGGGGGGGAGGGGGAAAUCAAUAAAACAUUGAGGGUGAAAAAAUAAAACCCAUUCUUUAGUAUUCUUGAUCAGAGCUGGAAAUGUUCAGUUAUGUAUCUAUAUGUGUGUGUGUAUAUAUAUAUAUAUAUAUAUAUAUAUAUUAUACUCCUGUUUUAUCGGUGAUUUUAAAAUAGAAUAAAAUUCUUUUUUUUUUUUAAUUCUUUAUUUGUCGUGCAUGUAUCAACAACAAUUACACAAAGCCACAUCAGCGUCUGUGUGCAUCUUACAUUUGACAACGUCACAGGUUAAUACUGCACAUUUUUAAGGUUAGAGUAAAAAAUAAGACAAAAAAAAAUUCUGUUAGUAAACAGUAGGGUGGACGAUACGCAAAACUCUAGACACAUUCAAUUUCAAAUUCCGUUUUGAUAAGUAAUGGCAGUCUUGCUACUUACAUUGCUUAUUGAUAUAAAAAGAGGCACAUUAACUGUAAGAGAUGCCCAGAAAAUAUCAGGGAAUUAAUGAAAAUAACGAAUCAGUACAGUCAUAGUGCCUGGCCUUAUCGUGUGUAAUUAUAUGGACUUCACAUGCCCAUCCCUGACAUAUGCCCAAGGAGUCCGCUAUCUAAAGUUAGGUGUUGUAGAGUGCGACUAGCAUGGCAGCCAUACCAUGAUAAUAAAAUUCAUUUAAAAUAGAAAUUCCAUCUACAAUACACUAAACCGCUUGUAUGGUGCUUCAGUUAUUAAAAUAUAAGAAUAUAUGUACAUUCCUAUAUUUUAAUAACUUUGCCUGCCUUCAGCAAGGGGUGUGUGUGUGUGUGUGUAUAUGUAUAUGUGUGUAUGUGUAUGUAUAUAUAAAAAAAAUUUAAUAACUGAAGCACCGUACAAGUGGUUUAGUGUAUUGUAGAUGGAAUUUCUAUUUUAAAUGCUGCAUUUUAUAUUUUUUUGCAUUACUGAUAAAACAUGAGUAUAAUUUAGUUUUUAUCUUGCAAGUAUUUAAGAAUUCCUACAAUAUCCUUUAUCAUGGCCCUUUAAAUUGUGAGACCAGUAAGUAGGGAGACAGGCCUAUGUGUGAAGUAGAAGGAAAUUGAUAGUUUUGUGGAGAGUCUAGGUAUAGCUGCAUAACUUCUGAUCCCAAAUAGUUUAAGCCAAACAAGUUGACAUUCAAUAGUUUCCAGGGAAAACCUAGGCAGCAUCCAGAUAUUGGAGUUGGAUUAUUAGAUGGCAUAGGCAGCCACAUGUGACUCUGGCAGGGGCCUGGAGAUUAUCAAUCAUCUCCUGGAACAGGGCCAAGCAGGGAAAUACAUAAUUUGGACAAAGGUAUUGGGACACACUUCUUAAUUAUUGAAUUCAGGUGUAUAAAAUAAAGCCCCUAGCCGUGCAUCCUGCAUUUACAAACAUUUGUGAAAAACAUGCAUGGGUAGUUCUGAAGAACUCAGUAAAUUCAAGCUUAGUACUGUGAUAGGAGGCACUUUUGCAAUAAGUCAGUUCUUGAAACUUGAUCCCUGCUAGAUAUUUCACGGUCAGCUGUAAGUGGUAUUAUUGGAAAAUGGAAGCACUUGGGAACAGCAGCACUUCUGCCACAAAGUGGAAGACCGCAUGGUGCAUAAGUCACCAUCGCACUGCUGAUUCCAUAGCUGAAAAGUUCCAAACUUCCACAGAAACAAUCCAAAAUCUUGUGGAAAGCCUUCCCUGAAGAGCGCUAGCUGGUAUAGCUGCAAACUACAUGUCAUAAGUCAUUGUUUGUGUAAUGGUCAGAUGUCCUGAUACUUUUAUCCAUACAGUGUAAAUAGAUCUCCCUGCUUGGCCCUGUUCAAAAGUGCUAGUGCUUUUGGGGCAGAUCGAGCAUUCCGAAUAAAGGUCCUAGUCGGGGGCUUUGCCCCUUUAUCUGUGCACCAGAAUGGGCCCUUGUUAGUUUGCCAGGUCACCUGUGAGCAGAGCUGGGAGGAAGUCAUUGCACUUUACUUCCUCUCGGCACACGAGCGAUGCAGGGAGAGAGUGGGUAGAACGGAGGCCCCCAGCCCACUUCUAUCUCCUUAAAAACAUAGCCAGCACUAAUACAUACUGCAACUAAGCGGUAAGGGAACAGGAGCAUAGCCAAAAUAUGGUAUCACUUAUCUGUGUGUAUGUUAGUAUAUAUUUCCACUCCGAUUAGAGGCAGUGCACUAAAAUGGGGAUAUCACCAACUCAGGGAAAGGCAGGAAAUCUAGAAGAAAUUUAAAACUUUAGUUCAUCAUUGUACUCAAAUUUACAAAAAGAAAAUCACAACAACCAUUAUGCCCACGUUCUCUGCCUGCCUUCAGCAAGGUAUAUAGGGCUUGCAUUGUUAUUGUGUAUACAUUGAUACAAAAUACAAAAAACAACAAAUUGAUGCCACUAGUCUCAGUGCAUACAAAGCUCCGAGAUCAGAUGCAUCCCCUGGAUAUAUAUGUAGUAAUAUAGUUAUUACUGUAUAUUGGCAUAAAAAAUUUAUAAUCUAUUAUUGAGACCUAAACAUAAUAAAUAAACCAAAGUAUAUACAAGUGAUACAUAUGCUAAUAUGCAAGCCAAAAAUAGACACCAUGUAGGGAAACAAUCCAAAUCCAUAUAAAGGUGUGAUACCCAAUCCUAAAUAUCAGCUUUAUUAACAGGUGUAUAUGCUACAUAGGAGGGGAUCCAUCCCAAACCAAUUCCCUAACACUGGGCUAUUUUCAGAUUAACUUUAAAUACUGUUCUGCCUUAUCUUAUAAAAAUCUGUACUGUGCUAGUAAUAAGAAACACAUCUUGUGCAUAGUAAAGUGCUAUAUUGAUCUAAGCACAGUCCCAGACCCUCAGUCAUAAAUAAGCAUCUAUAGAGUUAAAUGGCAGACAAUGCUAGAAACAGUAUUGUCCAUAAUAUAUGAUAGGGUAGGGAGAGAAUGCAGUAUAUAGUGAGAAAGUCAGUGUCUAAAACACUGACAAGGUAAAUUAAAAGCCUCUCUCCCUGGUAAUCUAACUAGACAGGCAUAGAAGCAGAGGAUAGAAAAGUGAAAAUCAAAAUCAAUCAAAUGAAAGUCAUAGUGCCCAAUCUAUAUAAUUGAGACCUAAACAUAAUACAUAUUAUGUUUAGGUCUCAAUAAUAGAAGAUUAUACAUUUUUUUUAUGCCAAUAUACAGUAAUAAUUAUAUUACUACAUAUAUAUCCAGGGGAUGCAGCUGAUCUCGGAUCUUUGUAUGCACUGAGACUAAUGGCAUCAAUUUCUUGUUUGUUUUUUGUAUUAUGUAUACAUUGGGGUUAAGCCCCUGGAGUCUCUCUGCGGUACUUAAGAUAUUGGGUUAGACCUGUCACUAUCCCAUCUUUUGGGUUAAGUGUAUGGGUAUAUACCUAUAUUCUUAUUUUCGUUCUUUUAUUUUUUGUCAAGAUUGAUACACGCUACACACACACAAUGAAUGAAAUGACAAAGGGGAAUCUGUGUAAAUAGCUUGCUGACCAUUAUUGCUUUUAACCUUUUCUCUAUUCUUUAUUUUUUUAGGGCUGUAGGUAAAACAUGCUUGCUGAUCAGUUACACUACAAAUGCAUUCCCUGGCGAGUACAUCCCAACUGUGUAAGUAUCUGCUCCUUGUACGCCAAAAUGUAUCUGAUGUAUGUUUUCCUUAUACUUUGGAUGCAAUAUUUGGGCAAAUAUUAACUUUAAAAAUGUUUUGAAGGUCAAGACUGUUUGUUUUUAAGUGUACCUGACAUGGUACACACAAAUUUACUUCGUUUAUUAGUACAUUACAUGUCUACAUAGAAUACUAGUAAAAUUUGCAGAAAAUGUAUAGUUUGGGAUCAUGCCAAAUUAGCCCCUUGUUAGUUUGAAUAAAGGUGGUUUAAGGCAAGAUGGCUGUGUUUAAGUGCCAUACUACUAAUGUUAAGUAUAUUAUUUAAAUGCAUAGACACUCUCGGUAAGGCACAUCCAGUCAAUAAAUAAUAAAAUAAAAAAUGGUAUCUUGUCACACAAUUAUCCCUACAAUCUCUAUCUAGAAGUCAGAGUAUAGUUUAUAUGUAGUUGUUUUGGUUUUGGUUUUUUUUAACAUCAGGGCUCAUUAUUUUAUAUAGAGGUCGGACAAUAUUAUUUUCCCAGAUCCAAUGCAAAACAGAUUAUUGGUUGCUUUUCGGACUGUAAAACAGUGCUGAUAAUCGGUUUCUUAAAAAAGAAAUAUAGAUGACUUUUUUUUUGUUUUUUGUUUUUGUUGUUUAAAGCAACACAAUUUCUAUACAAAUCUGGCACUUACUGAAUGGGUUAACAGCCGUCACACUCCUAUCACUCUCAGCCAGCUCAGUACAUUACAGUACAUUAUUCAUGGUCUCACCUCCCUGCCUUCAGCGCAGCUCUGCAUGCAGGGGCUCACAGGGAUGAGUGUCGACAUUUUGCCCCCGUGGCUGGCGACUUGAGUUUCCUGGUGUGGAAGACCGCGUGCGGUGACUUGCGGAAGUAUGUUAUCAGUAAAUUAAAAGACUGACACCGGAACUCAUCUGAACAUUAAAGGGGAAGGCACUGAUGCUAGUCUUGUCAGACCAUCUUAAGUUCAUUAGAGAAUAAGUGCUUAGAGCACGUGGUUGCUUUCCUAUCCAGUUUUCUUUAUGUUUAUGUCUACAUAUCCAUUUAAGAUGUGCUGUGAAGGUGUAUAUUCAGUAACUUACUCUGCCUUGUUGAGGUGUUUUUACCUUUUUCUGCUCGAACACCAUAGUAAGUAUUUAUUACUCUGCUGUCACAUAUUAAUGGUAAUGACCUGUUUGAUAACUGUCUUUGUAAAGUCUUACAGGCUGCACUGACGUCUGCUAAAUGUUUGAAGUAUGCAUUUCCACUCUAGCUCAUGGUGCAGUUUAAUACAACGGUAUUUUUUCUUAUCAUUAAUUUAGGUUCGACAACUAUUCUGCAAAUGUUAUGGUGGAUGGAAAGCCUGUUAAUUUGGGCUUGUGGGAUACAGCUGGACAGGAGGAUUAUGACAGACUGCGUCCUUUAUCUUACCCACAAACGGUAAAUACCAGAAUACUUAAAUGUACUUUGAUAAUGUGCAUACAUGAAGAUGUUUACACCUAGGGAAAUGUUCUUACAUUUGGAAUUCACAGUGUGUCUAAUUUAUUUAUUUAUUUUAUUUAUUUAUUUUCAUACCUAAUUUAACACUCAAGUUUGAUUAGGUAUCUAGUGGCUUGAAGGAAAUGUGUUCAACAAAAUUUGUUGGACUUCAGUUUGACUUCAGUAACCUGUUGAAAAUGUUUGACUUCAGUAAGAAGAAAUUUUCUGUUGUAUAAUAUAGUGGUUUUUGUACACUCCACACCUAUUCCUACAAUUAGCACAUUUCUAUUCAUCCAACCUUUAGUACACACUGCCAUGACUUUGUUAAUAUUGUAUUUGCUAUUUUUCCAGCUACAUUUGUCCCAGAUAUCCCACUGAGAUGUAGUCAAAGGAACACUAUAGCAUUGACAGGCUAUUGCUCAUGCGCAGCAAAAUGCUGCGCUGUGACAAUCUGCAUCUCCUCGUAGAUGCAGAGCAUGGAGACUCUUGAUGUUGGUGCUGCACACUGUACAGCACUGACAUAGGAAGCAACUCUAGUGGCCUUUUGAGUGACUGCCACUAGAAGUGUUACUAAGCAGGUUUGUAAUUUACAUUAAAAAGCCUGCUAGGACAGGCUACAGACACCAGUACCACUACAUUAACCGGUAGUGGUUUUGGUGACACUAGUGUCCCUUUAACACAGGAUGAGAACAGCAUACAUUUUCCUUUUAUUCCAAGAAUAGGACAGUAAGCAGAAUUAUGUGAAUUAAUAUAUGUACAUAUAUUCCUCCCCAAAUCCCACCGAUUUAUACUGCAUAUUAGUGCAUAUAUGUCCCGCAGUUCUGUGCAGUUCUUCACCAGUCGAACUUGUUAUCUUUAAAUUUGGUUUGUCCUACUCCAAUUUCCUAUUGCUCUUUUUGGAGAAUGUAUGUAAAAAUAUAUAUAUAUAAAAUAUAAUCACCUUCAGUGGUUUCUGUUGACAUUAAUUUGGGAAAAAAAGGAGAUAAGCAACAGUGUGGCUUAAAAAUCUGCAUUUGAACCUGAAUAUUUCUUGUUAGGCCUUAAGCCCGAGCCCCCAAUCUGCACAUGUUUCGGUGAGUUAAUUCCCUGUUGCUGAGCAGCACACAUUCUCUGUAAAAGCAAGCCACCUUCUGUUGGUGUGGGUUAUAAUUGGCAGAGCUUCUUACCCCUUGCAUGCAGAGCACAAUUAAUGCUUUCAAUGUUUCUUUGAUUAAAAAUGUACGAUGAAUGGGUGAAAUAUUAGGAAACAGUUUGAUUCUUUGUCUUUGUGUUAAUCUGUUCUUCACAUCUUGAUUUUCUCAAUCCUUCAAUCCCUCGUCUUAUUUCAUUAGCCAUGGUAAUGGCUGUUGCUGUGAUUCUUGUUUUUUGUCAUUCCUUUUUCCUUUUUAGUCAUUGCCAUAGAUAUAUAGGGGUUGGUGUACAGCAAUUUCUCAGCCUGUGCUAUGUGCAUCCACUGGAUAGUUAUAAUCAGGCCAGUGAAAAUACAUUUGUUAGAUGACAGAAUUGAAAGAUUUUAAAUUGGAAAAUUGUUUAGUAAAUGAGAUCAGGGCUAUCCAGCAUUUUAACUGCUGGGGCCCCGUAUUAAAAAUUGUAACAUGUCCAGCUUGUGUAAUCAUUGAUACAAUAUAGAGUAUCGCUCCAUCAAUACAAACUGUUUAAAAAAAACACACAAAAAACAGGGAUGUCUAAGUGAUCAGUUUAAUAAUUUAAUUUUGUUUUCAUUUAAUGUAAAAUGUUGAGUGGGAAGUUAAAAAAUUAUUUACUUUUUUUUCCCUCUCUAGGAUGUAUUCCUAAUUUGCUUUUCACUCGUCAGCCCGGCUUCAUUUGAAAAUGUCCGUGCCAAGGUAAACUCCCAGGGUGCUUUUAAUACGAUUGUGCAGAUGUUUAUAUGCAGUGUGCUGGGUGGUUCUCUGGGGUGAGAAGUUCAUGGGGCACUCUAAGCUUAAUGUAAACUUUGCAAGUGACUUGUGUUUAUUAGACUGGUGGCUCUGAUCUUUAAUAGGGAAUGUCAUUGGUUAGGGUGUUCCAUGAGUACAUGUAAAAACUGUACAUUUUGAUGUAUUUAACUUUUUUAAAUAUUAAGUGACAAUAGGAAUGUAGUUUCAGAUUGUUAUCCUUGCCUUUUAAAAAAUGGCAUUUAAAACAGCCAUGGCAUUUAAUGACCAUCAUAUAAAAUUUCCCAGGAUUCUUAACUCCUCCCAACUUGCUGUUAGAGGAUCCUGAAGAUAGGCAGAAAAUUGUGGUCAGGGACACAUGGAAUCCAUAAAAACAGGAAAUACUAGUGUAAACGAUCAGUAUCGAUAACCGUUAGUCUUUUUAGGUUUCAUUUCUGAAUUUUGUGAGGUCUAUUGCCAAGUCUAGAUUUUGGUAAAAUAUAUUGUGCUUUCUAUUCAUAGUGAACUUUUUUCCUUCCUCUUUGUAUAGUGGUAUCCAGAGGUGAGACACCAUUGCCCUAACACACCCAUUAUUCUCGUGGGCACCAAACUUGAUCUGAGAGACGACAAAGACACUAUUGAGAAACUGAAAGAGAAGAAGCUUACGCCCAUCACCUACCCUCAGGGCCUUGCCAUGGCAAAAGAGAUUGGUAUGAAAGCUUCUAUACUGUUUUUUUUUUUUUUGUUUGUUUGUUUUUUGUUUUUUUUGUGUUUUUUUUUGUUUUUGUUUUUUAAACACACAACCUAGCAUGCUCUGUCCUCCAUGUUGAAAUAUGCUUACACCUUAAAAAAAUAAUUAAUUUGAGAAAUCCUCUGUAGCUUUAAAAAGUAUUUUAGAGCAAAAACAAACACAUGUAACUAGUGUAGAACGUGUGUGCACUAUUCCGUGCAGUGUUUCCUGUAUGUCUUUCUGUUAAACUACCCACUCCUUCUACCUCAGCCACCCUUAAUUUAUUCUUCCUAGGUACAUUUUUUUUUUUUCUUUUUUAGCGCUCCCUCAGGCAGUUUGUUUCCCCUCUCUGAUACUUGUGUGGCUUUUUUAUUUUAUUUAUUUUUUUUAUUUUUUUUAGCAUGACAGCCCAGUUAAUAAAAAAAGGAAAAUAACACUUAUGUGCUAUUGGUACUAGGGCAAAUUAGUUGUAUAGAGAAGCUGAGACAAAAGCCACAUCCCCGGUCUCUAUUACGUAAGUUCCUGCAGUGGUGGACAUCUGCCUUUGAUCUCCAAGCACUCAGCUGACUCUCAGCCAGCACUCAUUUUGGAUGGUUUAGAAUAUAUUUGACAAUCUCUCUUCUUCCCACAGGUGCAGUGAAGUACUUGGAAUGUUCUGCACUUACACAGAGAGGUCUGAAGACUGUGUUUGAUGAGGCCAUUCGAGCAGUCCUCUGUCCACCACCAGUCAAGAAGAAGAGGAGAAAGUGCCGUAUUUUGUAGAUGUUACGCCGGUCACCCUGAGCUUGCAAGCUCACAUGGGAUUAUUGAGACUCAAAAUGCCAACACCCAGCCCUAUUUGUAAUAAUUCAUUUUUUAUUUUUUUUUUGUCUAUACAAUCUGUCAUUCUUAUGGUUUUCUUCACCCUCUAAAAAUGAACAUAUUUUAUUUCCCCUUUUUUCCAAACUCCAUUAAAAUACCAACCUGAAUAACCGAUCAGUCCUAUUUAGCCUUAGUUUUCCAGAAACUGUUUCCACUUGCGUAAACUAAUCAAACGUUGCCAAAACAGCCACUGAACCCGGUUAAAUAUUUCUGUUCUUUAAGCGUUAAGCCAUUAACCUUUGGGGUGUCAGAGGUGAAAGGCAAGGUGUUGCCUCUAACCCCUACAACAUGCAAAGAAUUUUUAAAAUAUAUAUAUUAAAGACAUGUGUCGUCUUACUCCAGUUACUUGUUUUUGUUUUGUUUAAAAGAAAUAAAUAUGUACUUGGAUAUGAAACUGGUGGAUAUGACCACAGUAGGCAGGGUGCUUACUGCGUAUAUUAAAACACUUUAUUAACCUUAAAUCCUUGUAUUGCAUUGUAAAAUCUAAACGGUUAUUUAGGAAUGUUAGAUCACUUGUGUAUCUCUUUACUGCUUGGGUUGAAAUAAAGUUAAUUGGUUAAAGUGUACUAAUCUGUUCCUUGGGGGGGUGGGGGAAUAAUAACUGUAUUAAAACAGAAGUGCAAACGAUUCAGAUUUCUAGUGGUGUGGCAGAGAGCAGCAGUAUUUAAAUGUGACACUACCGCUUUGGAAACAAACUAAACAUCACAUGUGCUCUGAGUGCUGUAGGAAAGGUUGCUAUGAGUAAGUACUUAAUUUCUUUUAAUUUUUUUUAUGUUUAAUAGGGCAUUUUAUUUUGGUUACCUCAUUACUGGAGAGGUGCCCAGAAUGGCUUGGGUUAGAUUGAUCUAGCUAUCGUGUGCACACUGACAGAUUGAUUCCAGGGGUUGUAGUCAGAGCAGGUUGUGAAUUCAGCAUUGUGGACUCAAUUUGUGUGCCUUUCUGGCAAGGAACAAAAGAGUUCUUACGGUUAAUAAUGGUCAUUCCCACAGAUUAAGAUGUACAAGAUAUCCACGUUGGCUUGCUCGUAGAAUUCUAAAUCAUGUAUUUUAAUAUCUGCUAUUGUAACUAGCGUUUUGUAAUAUCUGAAAGUUAAACCUAAUACUGUUUUUUCAUGUUUCCUUUGCUUAAAGGGUGCAAUCGAUGGCCUUUCUUUAACACUAGGUGUAACAAUCAUGUGGCACAGUUAUUCAAAUGUAGUUGGUUUGUUUUUCCCAUGUAUAUGCUUUUGCCAUUCUUCUAAAGCAUAUCAUAGUGAUAGAAUGGUUAUACAAAACAGUAAUGAAUACUAAUUUUAAUUAUUCCUCCAGUUUUGUGAACUUCUUUUUCUUGCUUUCAUGAGUUCUGUUAUUUUGGUUCUGUGAGGUCUUAAUUAUAGAGCAAGUGUUAACAAUCUGAUGCACACCCCUAAACACUAGCAAACAUUACAAACUGAACCUUUCUACAACUCGAACAAAAUUUAAGAGCAUUUACGAAUGUUUAACAAUUGUGAACAGUGUUUUUACAUUGAUCUUUUGCUAAUGCAAGUUAGUGUUUUACAUGCAUGUUUGAAUUAAUAAAUCCUUAAACCACAAAACUUGGACAUGGCUUAUUUUUAAUUGGAUGCAUGCAUCUUUCAUUCUUCAUCAUUUUGGAAUGGUCACGCGGGAAGAGAAUUAUGG